AUGCGAGUGAAAAGUAAUGAGUAUCGAAAGAAGAAGGCAGAGCUGAACGACUUAAAUACCGAGUUAGUCGUCUUGCAUCGAACGGAACAGCUUCUGCUGAAAGACGCUGAAGAUCUGGGCUUUAUUGCGAAAAGUAAAGAAGACAGCGAUGAAACGUCAGAGAAAGAAUUGGUGAUGAUACUGCCGAAGAAGGUUUUGAAAGGUCGGGCUAGAGCUAGAAUGAUCUACUUUAUGUACUGCUACGAGUUUAAGGACAUGAAGAAGAGGUGCGAGCUGCGACAGUGGAGACACGUGAUGCUAUUCACUGGCUUCGAUAAAUACGUUCUGUCCAACUUGCCAAAGGAAACUGACCGUCUGAAGGCUGAGGUUGAUAAGAGUCGACAGGAGUUGAACGACCUUCAAAAUCAGCGAGAUUCUUUAAAGGAAAAGCUUAUGUUGGUGCAAGGUGGAAACCAAAGUGCUACCACCGACUACAUUGCAAGACUGGAGGAGAAAAUGACCGAACUGAAUAAACUGAAGAACAACUUGCUGUCAGAAGAAAAAAUGCAGAUGGAAAAACAGCCUUACCUAGCGAAACAAAUUCAAAUUUACAAAGACGCUGUAAAGCUUAUGGAAGGCAAAAUUAAAGGUUGGGAAUACAAGGAGUGA